AUGUUAUGUUGUGGCUGGAGCGACCCGUUGUCUUCUUUUUCUUUCGAAUUGAGAGAGGGAGGGGGGCAUAUUUGCAUUGCUGUGUGUGUGUGUGUGUGUGAGUCACGGCCCUUGUGUUGCACCGUCUGUUCGGAUACUUUCUGCCUUGUUUUCUUCCAAGCUGCUUUGAUCCCUGUCCUUUUGUUGCUUCUCGUCAACAGUUUAUAUAAGGCCAUGUUAGGGACAAGUUUUUCGAACAAUAUUUUUCGCGAAUACGGCGUGGAGCUUCCAAUGGUCCACGACUCAAUGGAUGAGGCAAGGCGAGAGGCGCAGCGCAGGGGGUUGUACCUCCUUGUGUACAUUCAUUCCCCGACGCAUGAGGACACACAUGAAUUUCUGACAAAAGUGCUGUCAGCUCCGCAGGUGCGGGAGCUCUUUGGGACUCGUUUUGUGUUGUUUGGGGCUUCAGUCUUGGAGCUAGAGGGCCGCCGACUGGAAGGUGAGAUGCAGGUGACGACGUUCCCCUUCCUUGCUGUCAUGCUGAAGCGCAGCACCGUGCUGAAGGUAAAAGGUCUCCUCCCUGCCGAGGACCUCGUACGGAAUUUUCAAAUGGCCUUCGAGCACUGGGACGGGCGGUUGGCGGAGGAGGUCCACCAGCGACUGGAACGGGAGGAGAAGGAGCGGGCCCGCCGCGAGGAGGAGCAACGGGCCCACGAGAUGCGUGCAAUCGACCUCGAGCGCAUCCGACAGUACGAGGAAAAGGUGCGGGAGCGGCGGGAGCGGGAAGAGCGGCUGCAGCGCGAGCGGGAGGCGGCGGAGCGGCAACGGCGCGAGGAGGAAGAGAUGCGGAGGAGGCAGCAGCAGGAGGAGGCGCGGCGUCGCUCUCGGGUGGAGGAAUUGCGUGCGGCCGCAACCGCACGGCUGCCGGUGGAGCCCCCCGCCGAUGCCGACGCGUCGACCGUCGCGUUCAUUAGUCUAAAGUCGCUUCGCGGAAAGCAAUAUCAUCGCCGUUUCUAUCGCACUGAGAAGCUCCGCCACAUGCGCGACUACGCGAUGUCGCUGGAGGAUUAUGAUGGCGACGGGUUUCAGCUGGUUGCCGGAUACCCACCGCGCCCGCUGGAUUUGGACGGCGACAGGACUUUUGGCGAUGUGCCGGUGCUUCUUCCUCGCGCUGUCGUCCUGAUGCGCGCUGAGUGA